UUUACUGAACUUUUCUUCUGAGGGAAAAUGUACUAAAAAUGCUACACAAGGGUAAUGGUGAAUUGGAGCAUGCGGGGGGAAGGAUGGGUGAAUAAAACAAGAGGUGCAUGCACAGGGGAAGGAUGGGUGAAUAAAACAAGAGGCGCAUGCGCAGGGGGAGGGUGAAUAAAACAAGAGGCGCAUGCGCGGGGAAAGGUGACUAAAACGGGAGGCGCAUGCGCAGUG